AUGGCGGCCAACGACUACUACAACGAAUCCGACAUGGCGCAAUCCUCAAAGCCUUAUUCAAGGCCACAAUAUAAUGAAAGACCACCUCCGCAUAUCGCCUAUUCGUAUGAUCCUUUUGCGAGUUCUUCCAGCCUGGAUCAGUCACGUCCUUCGAAUCUAUACCCUCCUCAGCAGAAGCCUGAUCGGAGAUACCACGACUCUAAUGACCCUUCACGUCAACAAUCGCCAUCACCCUCACGAUAUUCGGAAUCGAUACCUCUGAAACACCAAUCCAAAGUUAAUACCAACCCAGAAGACUGGCGAAACCAGCAGACACAAUAUCCUCCUUCCCCAGAGUCGCAAAUCCAGCCUCAAUUAGUACCGAGCCCAACCCAGAAAAAGAAAGGAUGGUUUUCGGGCAAAAUACCUUGGGUGGUGUACAUAGUCAGCCUGGUCCAGAUCACGGUCUUUCUCGUUGAAAUAAUCAAGAAUUCGAUAAUUACGGGUUCUCCUAUCAUGAUACAUCCACAGUUCAACCCAAUGAUUGGUCCUUCGACCUACGUUCAAAUCAACAUGGGUGCGCGAUUCGUGCCAUGUAUGCGUACCACGCCUGGUGUUCAAGACAGUUCGACUCCAGUGUACUGGCCUUGUCCUAACACGACCACGUCCGAUUCCGACGCUGCGAGCAAUCAUUGUGAUUUGAGCGCGCUUUGUGGUUUCGGCGGACUCAAUGACGAGAGCCCGAAUCAAUGGUUUCGAUUCAUCGUUCCAAUGUUUCUACACGCAGGUCUCAUUCACAUCGCGUUCAAUCUACUCUUACAACUCACCAUGGGCCGAGAUAUGGAGAAGGCCAUAGGCAGUAUUCGAUUCGCCAUUGUCUAUUUCAGUUCGGGGAUCUUCGGCUUUGUCCUUGGUGGCAACUUUGCAGCCACGGCGAUCGCAUCGACAGGCUGUUCAGGCUGUCUGUUUGGCAUCCUAGCACUGGUUCUCCUGGAUUUGAUCUAUGGAUGGAACGAGCGGCGCAGUCCCGUCAAGGACCUGAUGUGGAUUUUGGUCGACAUUAUCAUUUCAUUCGUGCUAGGCCUGUUGCCUGGUCUGGACAAUUUCUCGCAUAUUGGUGGGUUCUUGAUGGGUCUGGCGAUGGGCUUGUGUCUGCUUCACUCUCCUAGUAUCCUUCGACAACGGUCCGCCGGCGAUAAUGCAAAUCCAGAAGGCAAAUAUCGAAAUGUAGGAUCGGAACCGGACAUUACGAACCCAAAACGUCCUAUGCUGGAGACGACGCCGUCUACGUUGGCGGCCACGGCCAAGCCAGCAGAUGUGGCUGCGUUCGCCAAAGAGCCUGUUGGAUUUUUCAAGGGGCGAAAGCCUUUGUGGUGGGCGUGGUGGUUGUUACGGGCGGGCGCGUUGAUAGGGGGGAUUGUGGUUUUUGUGGUGCUGUUGAACAACUUCUACAAGUACCGUGAUACUUGUUCUUGGUGCAAGUACCUCAGUUGCUUGCCGAUCAAUAAUUGGUGCAGUAUUGGAAAUCUGCAGCUGAGUAAUACAACCACCAGCAAAAGAGGGUUGGAUUUGAUGAGGGAGGGAGCACUCUUCGCUGUUAGGGAUUGGUCGUGA